AUGACGAGCCAGUUUCCUUGGGACAAGCUAAGAGCAGAGACCCUACGAACGUUAUGCAAAGAGCUGGGUUUUCCUGCAAAAUUGAGCAGAAGGGAUGAGAUGAUCAAGGCACUCGCGGCAGUUCAGGAGCACGGCCUGGAAGAAACCUUGGAACGCUUUGAUGAGCUCGUGCCCGAGGGAGAGGCUCCUGCUGCAGCGGGUACUACGACCACCGCGUUCCAGCGGCCGAAACGUCCUAGGAAGUCGGAUGCGGAGGUAACGAUGUCACGUAAUGUCAGGAAGAAGGGAAUGGAGCUGCGAUCAGGUCUGCGUGCGGAUGGUGGGCAGCUCAAGAAGAGACGGAAUACAUUUGAUGGGGUGGUCAUCGAGAGUAAGAAGCCCGACGCGACAGCGCCUCCCGUCACCACGCGUCGGAGAGCUGCACCCCCACGAAAGAGACGUAGAACUGCCACUAAAGCGAAGGAGUCUCGAGCGAUUGAAGAUGAGGAAGACGAAGUAGAUGCGCAGCCUGCGGAUGAGAAUGAGGAGGGAGCGGAAGGGGCUGGCCAGGCAAGUGAUGCGCAAGUGCCGGUGUCGUUCGCUGCUCUAGCAGAUAAUGACGCCGAUGGUGAAUCCGAAGGUGGCGCUGACCGCGACCGCGUCCUCCCCAUCGCGAACAGUUAUGUCGUGAACGAAGUGGUGAUUACUGAAGUUAACGGAUCCAAUUCCCAUAGUGAAGCCCGCGGGGACAGAUCGCAGACUGACAAACACCUCUAUUUCGACCGUGAUGGCCCGAGAGAAGUGGAAAGCCCGUGGUCGAGAAAACGCCAGAGGCACGACGACUAUCCACGCAUCUUCAAGUACGAGGACGGCAGUGGACAUGAGGAUUUUUCUCGGGAUGCGAAGCGGGAGAAGACAGAUGGAGACGACAGGAGUGAGACAGGAGUGCACGAGCUCCGUAUCAAAGGGGCGAGUCGAAGAAUGGAGAACGAUGAGGACGAAAUUUUGCCGCGCCACCAACAGGACGCAGCUUCAGCCCGCGACGACGCAAACAGGGAGACUCAGAGUCGCAGCAAGCAUGGCUCUGGGCUGGUCCGCCGUCCGUCUGUAAUGAAGUUAUGGACAGCCGUGUCCGAUCAUUUGGGACAUCUUUGGCCGCAAGCACCCCAGGAAGGCCCUCCUGAAGCGCCUGGACCGUCCGCAGAAGAACAAGAAGCCGGUGAAUCAUCAUUCACGUACCAAGAAGAACUGGUGCUUGUCCGGGCGGAGCUGGGAGAAGCCACGCGUACAGCAGCAGAGUAUCGUCUCAAGGAGGAGGAGUCCCAACGGCACCUUGCCGAAGCUCGCGCAAUGCUUCAGCGUGCCGAGCAGGAAAAGGUCGCGGCGUUGGAGAGUCGUGAAGAGAUUUACGAAACAGCAAGGAAGCAAGAAGCCGAUUGUCACAAGCUUCAGCAGGAGAAAGCGCGACUUCAGGCUACUCUGGCUAGCAAAGAUAGGCAGCUGAAGGACGUUGAGCGCUCCUACGACUCCCGUAUUCAAGGUCUGCUGGAGGAGAAAGGGAAUCUCAAACGAGAACUGAAAGCACAGAGAGCGAAGUCACAGCCACGGGGGCAGGCCUCGUCCGUCCGGUCCACAACUCCUGUAGACUUCGAGUCCGGCCCCGACCAAGUGUCGGAGAUGUUCCUAAAGAGCCAGGCACCGUUCUCCGUUGAGAGCAUCAAUACAGCUGUGGACGACCUGGUGAUUAACAUCAUGGAGAAGGCCGGUGAACUGUCGGCGGCUUUUGCUGGAGAUACGGCCGCUGCAGGACUUGCAGAAAUGCAUGCGCCCGACUCAACUCCAAAAUCCGCAGGCGCCCUGGAAAACGCAUUACAGCCUCGGUACGAAGUUGAUCAAGAAGGCCGAGAGCUGUUGCUUGAUGCUUUAUUGCAUCAUGAGGUGUUGUCUGAUAUCCACCACGUCUUCUUUAGCAUCAACACAUCCACCGUCAACUUCCAGGGCGCUUCUCUUCUAGAUGAUUUAGAAAGGCGGUUAGGCAAGAAAGAAUCCUGGAAGACUGUGCAAAAGUGGCGUUCCCUGACGGCAGUGUGUACUGAAGAUCUUAUUGACCCUACAAUGUCCGAGGAAGUCGGUCGGAAUAUGGGCGAAAGGGUGAUAGAGCAGGUCGCCCUUGCUUAUCGUGUCCCGGCCCAGGUUUUGGACUCCAUGCGGGAGGACAUAUUUUCGGGGCUAUCUACAACUUACAAGAUGGCUCGCGAGCUCUCGCUUGUGAUGAAACGCGAUGUAUUAGCAGUCCGCUUGAUGGUGGGGGCCGUUUCGGAGGGAACUUUCGACCAUCGCGCGGUCGAUAGUCAGUGGCCUGAAAUGGGUGUCAAGGAAGGCGAUCGCAUUGUCGGAGCGUAUGGGCUAGGCUUAUCUAAACUAAGCGCAGAUGGGCGCCUGCAAUCCCUGACUCGUCCAAAAGUUGUCACCGAGGCAUUAUUCCGGCAGCUCUCUCCUGCAUGA